GGGAUAGACAAUGGCCGUUAGCAUCAAUCGCGAAGUCCAUGAACCGUUGUAAUGGAAUAACGCUAUUAUUGAAGCCUUCAAUCUCCCACGCCUUGCUUUCUCUUGCGUUCACCGCACUUCCCAGGCCAUGGCGACGCGAGGGCCGCGAGCCGAGGCCGGGAACAAGAUUAGGGCUUUGGAGAUGGAGAAGAUGAGCUUGGAGCAGCUCAAAUCCCUCAAGAAGCAGUCCGAUCUCGAGGUCAAUCUCCUCCAGGACAGCCUCAACAAGAUCCGCACCGCCGCAACCCGCCUCGAGAUCGCCUCCACCGCCCUCCACGAUCUCUCGCUCCGUCCCCAAGGGAAGAAGCUGUUAGUCCCUCUCACGGCGUCUCUUUACGCUCCUGGCACCCUCGAUGACGCCGAUAAAGUUCUCGUUGAUGUCGGGACCGGAUACUUCAUCGAGAAAACCAUAACUGAAGGCAAGGAUUAUUGUGAUCGGAAAAUCAAUUUACUGAAGUCUAAUUAUGAGGAACUUAUUGAGAUGGCUUCCAAGAAGAAAAACAUAGCAGAUGAAGCAGGAAUGAUCUUGCAAGCAAAACUCAGAGAAUCAUCCGCAAGUACAUGAGAGCACAAAAGUGGCAGCUGUUUGUAACUUCUUGAGAUUCAUAGUUGGGCAUUUGAAUUAUAAUAUUUGGUCCCAAGUAGAAACUUCAUUUAUUUGCAUCAACAAUGUGUUUUUUUGUCCCAAUUAGUGAGAUGCUCCUAUUUACCAAAAAAAAA